AUGAACUUCUUCAAUAUUCCCGAAUACCCCUUUCCCCCUUUUGUCGAAGGUGAUGAACACCUCAAUCAUACCGAAGCGCCGCCGCCACAUACUGGACCCUCCCCCAGUGCGGACUUCGAUCCGAUGACACUCGACUUGUCCGAGGUUGCGUUUCUGCAAGAGGCUGAUUCAGCUGUGGUUCAAGAUUUCAUGGACCUCGACAGUAAUUCGAAUAUCCCGACCUUGGAAGAUCCCUUUAUAGAAUCGAAUACUGAAGCUCCGAUGAACUACUUGGGCCCGCAAGCAAUGCAUCCACUUCCCUUUUCGUCAUUCCCCUUCCCGGAGGCUGGAGGAAGUUGGCUGGGAAGCAUGAACGCACUCGAUGUGGGGAUGUUGGCCGCUGAGCCGAUGGAUAUUGGCGAGGCUGAUCUUACCUUCAUGCCUUUACCUCCUACGUACAGUGAUAUCGCUGGACACGCGUUUCAGCCACCUGUGGACAGUUUUGAUCCGACAUUGGUUCUCAACACAGGGCCUCAAGAACCGGUGGUGGCCCAACAUCUUGAGAUCGUUGAAUGCGGAUCCGUCUUUAGCGACAUUGCCCAAAGCCAGUCCGGGAUUCUUGUAAAUGGCUGGAAGGCUGAGAUCACAGCUCCUGAUUCCGCCAAAGCUGACUUUAUUGAUCGACUGAAGCGUGUUCGCAUGGCGCUUUGGAUCUAUAUUUCCAUUUCGAUUGACAAACUUCCGGCCUGGACGAACUUCUGGCAGUCCUCUCUACCCAAAGAGCUCAACGCUUUGCAUUUGACGACUCUUUUUCAAGAUAGCCUGACAGAGUUUGACACCGAGGUGAAUAAUAUCGGAGAAACGGCUGCCAACCGCUUGAUAGAAUGUGGCGCGUCUCUCUCUCUCGCCGCGGCUCUGGGCGAACGCCCACGGCAGCAUAUUGAUACCGUAUCUCGAGAUAUUCCGGAGACGAUGGAAAGCGAUAAUAUUGCCAAGGCGGUCCGGGAAAUUGCUCAUAUGGCUACUUUCUAUCCAAAACAGCUAUCCGAUCUUGGAAUGAGGUGCGAGGGAGUGUUGUCGGGCGGUGUCAUUACCGCGAAAACAGAGAAACAACAACGGAUAGCCGCUCUCCGCGUGUUCGGAUUUACCGCAUUCUACGCAUUCAGGCACGUAGAGCAUUCAACCGUCCUAAUAACCAGGACUCUUCUAUCCCUCCUUUUGAUGGUCCGCACACGAUAUCGUGACAUAGGCGAGUAUCAAACAUCAAGAACAGCCGGUAGCGAGGAGCUCCUCACCAACGACACUUCGCAGAUCGGUGCAGCUCUAAAUACGAAGGACGACUUGAUACCCCUUAUCUUGGAUGUGAUAGCCAAAUGUCCAACCACGUCCGACAAUAUCCAGCUGGACGGCACUGCCAAGGAGCGCCUGCUGGAGCUACGUAUCUCAAAGCCCCGAUCUGGGAAGCGCUGGAUGGAAUUGAAGAGCACGCUUGGAGAGGGAAUUUUAUUGGCAGGGAGCCCCUUGGCGUGGGGCGCACUUCCAAUUUCGAGGUCCCCAUUUCUCCAAUUUGACAUCCUUCCAGCCGUUGAACACGGGACCGAUGAUGAGUUUUCUCAGUUGAAGGACCUCCUCCUAUCAACUAAAUUCUCAUGGCUGAAGACAAUGUGCUCAAGGUUCGGCGGACUCGUUCUCCGCUUCAAGACCCUUGAUCCCAAUCUGGGAUUGGCUGAGUGGCAAGCCCUCCAGGGAGAAGUGUCUGAGACAGUCGAAAGAGCUUUUGGGGGCCUAUCUCUGCUUCGUGAAGCAGCAGCUGAGUCGUCGGCGAGAAGGGGCCAUGCUGGCCAAGCUCUUCCCAUGCUCCUCGAUUAUUUGCCUCAACCAGAGGAACUAAGCGAGCAGGCUAGGAGGAUGCGGGAUAUGCUUGUGACGAGCAUUCGAGACGCCAUACUACAACUUGGUGAGGAGGACGAGAUGGGGGACUGGGAUGCCGAGCUAGGGCUCAUGAAGGAGGCGUUGGACAAGGCCUCAGACAAAUUCCUAGAAGCCUAUCGCUCGUCUCUAAAUGAGGGAAAAGUUAGCGAGGAGUGCGCAGUUAACAUCACGAGGGUACGGCUUCGCCGAGCUACGGACAUGUUCUGCGAGAUAGUUUUAGACAUCUGGAAAUCAGCUUUUCUAUCAUCGAGCGCCGAGAAGGAAGGCGGAUUUUGCGCACAGGCGGAAAGGAUAAAAUCGGAUUUGGUCCCGGCUUUUACUAAAAUCUUUUUCUAA